AUGGCUUUGCUCCAUCCCUUCAUCAGCCUUCUCCUCCUCGCUGCGCCACUUUGCGGGGCUGCAAACCAGUCGCCGUUGCCCCCCGGCUCCCUGCCAGUCUCCCCCCCGCUGCCCCUCCUACAGGCCCUGCAAGUGCGGGCACCGGGCAGCCGGGGCUGGCGAGCGGGGCCGGUGGGCGGGCAGCCCCUGCGCUACAUGCUGAACCUGUACCGGCGUGCGGCCGAUCGCGAAGGGCGGCCCCGCCGCGGCCGCAGCCUGGCCACCAACACUGUCCGCCUGGUCCGGGCCAGCUCCCACGGCGGUCAGCCCUGGGCAGGUCGCUGGUACUUGCAGCCCCUCACCUACCACCUGGAGGGCCAGCCAGAGGCCGAGCACCUCCUCCGAGCCACUGUGGUCUACCUGCCCAGCCUGCCGCUGGCCCACGGUCGUCUCCUCUGUGCCCUGGAGCUGGCAGCCUCCAGCGAGGCACCCAGGGUGCUGCUCAGUCCUGCCACCCGCCCUAGCCGUGGCUGGACCGAAGCGGACGUCACCCCUUACCUGGUGCCGGGAAAUGGCAGCGUGAGGAGCCUGGCACUGCGGCACAUCUGUGUGCGUGCCGGCCGGGCAGGGGACAGCGAUGCCACGUUGGCCCCCAGCCACCCUUUCCUCCUCCUCUACCUCAAUGACACUCAGGCUGGGCUGGCACCUCCGGCAGCAGAGCCCUUCCGGCAUCGGCGUGACACAGGAACGCUGGCCCACGACCUGCCCGGCUACCUGCGGGACCAGGGAGGGGAAAAGAGUGACUGCUCCCUGCGCCCCUUCCCCGUCAGCUUCGCCCAGCUUGGCUGGGACCACUGGAUCAUCGCUCCCCAUCGCUACAACCCGCGCUACUGCAAGGGUGCCUGUCCUCACCUGCUCCGCUACGACUACCACGCGCCCAACCACGCUGUGGUGCAGAGCUUUGUCCAUCAGCUGGUGGAUGCCAACGUGCCCCGGCCCUCCUGUGUCCCCUACCGCUAUAGCCCUAUCAGUGUCCUCAUGAUCGAGCGCAACGGUGGCAUCCUCUACAAGGAGUACGAGAACAUGAUCGCAGAGUCCUGCACCUGCCGGUAAUGCCCUCUGCCCUGGCACAUCCCCCCUGGGCUCUGCCUGUCCCUGCUGGAUUUGGACUUUAGGGUUUGUCUUGCUUUGCCUGGGGCGGGUUCGUUGCCCCUCCCUGCAUGGCACUGCUCUGCAGGAAGGUUUUACAAUGGCAGUUUUAUGUAAAUUGUAGGUUUUUAAAGGCAGGAGCCUGUGUUGGGGUAGUUUUCCUGUGGCAUCUGUCCUUCCUGCAGCCCCACGGCUGCUGCCUGUUUUUGGGGGGCAGGGGGGCUUGGCCCAAUGCUCCCAGAGAAGAGCUGGGUCCCUGCACUAGAGCACAAAGCUCUUAGGAGGUAGCUGGGGGUCUCCUGGUGGAGCCAGGGCAGGGAGGGCAAGCGGUUAAGCUGUCCCUGUGUUUGGCACCAAGCUAGUGCUGUCAGUAUCCACCACAAACCUGUCCAUGAGACUCCUGAGCUCACAUGCACCCCAUCCUGUCUAGUCCCAGCUGCA